GGUCCAUUCUCUGCUAUUACCCUGUCACUGGCGGCCACCAUUCGGACUCUGUGGCAAUCGGUCACCGGCGACGGCCGUCCCCCUCCGUACAGCUGCUUGGCAGCAGCGGUUCCCCCCUUUCAUCGAGUUGGCCGCCUCCUUCGAGCUGCUUAACAGUAGCCGUCUGUGGCUCUAUUUCCAUCUCGUCACCGGCGAGAUCGUCACUGUGUUUGACGCUGCGGCAUCUGAUAAGCUCGGGAACAUUAUGCCCGAAUUUUCUCUCCAAAAUAUCCUAUUCGAUUAUCAUGUACAAGUAGGUGUCUAUGGAGAUGGGAGAAAUCCAACUUGCACUAAGGUGCUUGAUGAAAUGCUGAAACCAAAGUUUUAAUUUCUGCACAUGCUACGGGAUUGUUAAUUGGCUGCUCACAGAGUUUCUGCAAAAUUUUAUGUGUCUGGAGAUGGAUGUUUUCGCACUGCCCUGUCUCUGAUGAACUCCAAAUUGUUGGACAGUACGCUGAUAAUUCCAUAAAUUUGUUGUUGGAAGUUAUGAUGUGCCGGGCUCCAACAGUAGGUAGCUCAAGUGGAUGAAAAUCCCAGUAUGUCUCCUAGCUUCUUGGGUCGAACUGCAGGGUUCACUCUCUUAAUUCGGUGCUGCCAAGGAUUCAACUAUCAUCAAAGUCGCAGUCUGGUGAAUGUGAAACUGAAGUGGGUGAAAGAUCCGAUCCUUGAUACAGUUGUUUCUCGUGAAAAGGACCUUAAAGCUGUGAGCUCUCUCAUUUCGAUAAUAUCCUGCGCUCAGAAAUCCUGCCUCCCCAUAUACUGCCUCUCCCGUUGUAGGGGACAACUUGGCCUUCCCCAAGAUCUGAAGCUCUCCACAUUGAUCCGGAGAUACCCUAACAUUUUCCGCGAGUUCUAUGCCCUCGACAGUGGAGGCACACGUGUCCCGUGGUUUGAGUUAACUCCAAAAGCCCUUAGACUCCAUGAGGAAGGGCUUGGUAUUCUUGAGAACUGCCAUAUGGAUUUCCUCAACAGGCUCAGGAGAUUGCUUAUGCUCACAAGGGAUCUAACCCUUCCCUUACAAACUAUAGACCAGUUGAAGUGGGAUCUUGGUCUGCCCUAUAACUAUGAGGAAUCUGUGAUAAGAAAGAACCUGGAUAUAUUCUCCUUGAUUCGCCUCCCUGAUGAUCGUGUUGGUGUGAAACUUUUGCUGUGGGAUGAAAACUUAGCUAUGUCCGAAUUGCAGAAGAAUGCAGUUUUACAGGGAAAGAACAGUGACAAAGAAUUGAAAAAUGGUAUCAUUUCCUUCCCGAUUGGAUUCCCAAGAGGUUUUGGGCUGAAGAGGAAAUGCAUGGAGUGGCUCGAAGAAUGGCAGCGGCUUCCUUAUACUUCUCCAUACUCUGACGGGUCCCACUUGGAUCCUCGUACUGAUGAGUCAGAGAAGAGGAUCGUUGGUGUCUUUCAUGAACUUCUCCACCUCACAGUUGGAAAGAAGACCGAGAGAAAGAAUGUGAGCAACCUCCGAAGACCUUUAUCUUUGCCUCAAAAGUUUACAAAGGUUUUGGAACGGCACCCUGGAAUAUUUUACAUCUCUAAGAAGUCUGACACACAAACGGUAAUACUUAGGGAGGCCUAUGACCGGCAUAAUCUCGUGCAUAAACACCCCCUCGUAGAGUUCAGGGAUAAAUUGGCAAGCAUGAUGAGGGAAGGAUUUCUUGACAGAAGCAAAGGGCUUUAUAAGAAAGAAAAACGUUCAGGAACAGAUGUGCUGGAGGAAAUUGGUACAAGUCGGACUGUUUCUGGAGAUGAGUCGGGUUCUGAAGAUUUGCUGUCUGAUUAUGAUUCUGAGGAAACUUGUCCGGAGCCUUGUUAAUGUCCAAAGAUGAUAGAAGGAGGCAUAAAGGUGACGGCCUUCGCUGACAAAAGAAAACAUGGUUCUCCUGUGCUAAACCAUCAGAGCCCCCAAGUCAAGCUGUUGACUGUUAAGUCAGAGGGGUUAUAUGUUAGGUGCCAGAAGCGAAUGCUACCAUGGUUCUUGGAAACUCGAGAACAGAGUAACAGUUCAACUUCUCGACAAAGAAACUUCUCGAAGCAGCUGCCCUUGUUUUGGGUAAUGCAAUAAUGCAAUUUCGAAAGAUGGCUUUGGAUUAAAUAUUCAGUUCCAUCUUAAAGGUAUUCACCCCAAUAAUCCACAUACUGUAGCAUCGUGGUUAUACUAUAUGUCAACUCUGCUUGAGCUCCGGAUUCCAGGUCGGGUUGAAUUUAAACAAGAAGGAUUCAACUUGAUCAAUUCUAGAGCUAAUCAUCAGAUUAUUCCCAUACAGUUAUGGUACAAUUGGAAUGGCGCUCUAAGCCAAUCUUAGGCAAUUCACUUGGAUCUCAAGUACUUUCUGCAGUAUAGGAGUUUAUUCUCCCCUAUUCCAUGAACACCCCCACAAGCCCAUGGACCUAGGUAAGUCCAUAUGCAAGCAUAUGUGUGAGUGGCCUUACCAAGAACUACAUGUGCGAGGGAAGAUUCGAACCUAUGAUCUCGUGAAUUAUUCACAAAGUAUACGCAUGUCCUAAUUACUUGCGCUAA